GAAGAUCACGUGAUCCCACCCACCAUCUGCAUGCUGCAUUUAAUAAUAAUUAGAGUGAUCACAUCUCCAGCUAGCUAGCUCCUGCUACAAGUCAGUAUGUCUGAAGAGACUGCAGUGACAGUCAUUCAAACAGAGAAUGGGGGACCUGAAGACACACAAGAGUUGAUGGACCAGCAACAGCCUCCGCUAGUAGAAGACACACACCCUGAAGUUGCCAGCGACGAAGCUUCUGUCCAAGAGCAGAGUAUAGAGGGGACAGACAGCAGAAAGCUGUUUGUUGGAGGCCUCAGUCGCAAGUCUUCGUCCGAAUCUCUGACUACCUACUUCAGCCAGUUUGGAGAGGUGGAAGAUGUUGACCUCAAAAAGGAUGCUUAUGAUCCCACCAUGCACAGAGGGUUCUGUUUUGUCAUUAUGAAGACAAGAGAGUCUGCGUUAAAGAUUCUGGACAAGUCAGAUCACUUUAUUGAUGAUAAGACAGUGGAGUGUAAGCAGGCUCUACCACACGAAGAUUAUCAGGCAAAGAAAAACAGAACUAAAAAAGUGUUUGUAGGAGGAGUGCCAACUGACAUGGAAAAGAACACCAUUGAUGAGUACUUUGCACAGUUUGGAGAGAUUGAAGAGGUCGCUGUAGUUACUGACAAAGACAAUCCGCAAAAAAGACGAGGUUUUGUGUUUGUAACCUUCAAAGAAUUUGAGAGUGUAGAUCAGUGCACUAAAAAGUCUUUUCACAGCAUUGAUAACAGCCAGGUUGAGGUCAAGAGAGCGACACCACGAGAGGAUAGUGGUCCCUUCAGAGGAGGUGGUCGUGGGAUGAGAGGGACACCACGUGGUAGAGGUGGGUGGCAGCCAUACGGUGGAGCUUAUGGAGGAUACAGUGAAGAGUAUUAUGGAGGAGGAGGAGGAGGAGACUAUUAUCAUGGUGACUACAGUGGUAGAGGUUAUGGCUAUGGUGGAGGAAGCUAUGGUGGAGGAAGAGGAGGAUAUGGAGGAGCCUCACGUUAUGGUCCAAUGAAAGGAAGCUAUGGACCUGGAGGAGGGGGAGGAGGACCAAGAGGCUAUCAUCCUUAUGGACGCUAAUAUCAUUCUAUUGUGUUAAAAAACCUUAUUACAUUAUAAUUUUUCACUCAAUGCAUAUUGUGUGUAAAUCGUUUAAUAAGAAGAUAUGUAACUAAUGGUAGUACAGGCUACUCAUUAAUCAAUAGGUUUAUGUACGUUAAA